AUGAAAAGUGAGCUUCAAACUAUCAAGAAGGGUUAUGAAACUAUCUUCCAAUAUCUGCAAAGGAUAAAAGAUGCUCGAGAUCAUCUCUUUGUAGCAUGGGUUUCUUUUGAAGAUGAUGAUAUUGUGAUCUUGGCUCUCAGUGGUCUUCCUUCUGAAUAUAAUACAUUUCAGUGUGUGGUUCAAGGCAGAGAAAAUGUGUUAUCUCUUAAAGAUUUUUUGUCUCAGUUGCUUGCUGAAGAAGCCACUCUUGAACACACUAACUCUACAACUCUUUUUGUCUCUGCAAUGAUGGCUAAAGAUAAGACAUUUACAGGCAAAACUCUAGUUCUUAAUGAAGGUUCCUCUAAUCCUGGUUCUCAUUUUAGGGGUCGAGGCAAAGGUCGCAAUCAUUAUCCAUCUAGUCCAAGAACUCAUCAAGCUCCACCUAAUUCCAGCCCUGACAUUCUUGGUCCUGGCAUUGACAUUCCCACUUGUCAAAUCUGCAACAAGAAAGGUCAUGUAGCUGCUGAUUGUUAUCAAAGGCAUAAUCAACCCUCUGUUCCUACCUCAUCAGACAAGAUCACGGGGAGUGUUCUUCUCAAGGGACUGUGUACAGUCGACUUGUAUCUUAUUCCUUUCUUCACUUCUCCACCCAAUCACAAACAAGCAUCUUCUUUCCACAAGAAUCAUUUUUUCUACCUUGGACAUCACGUCAACACAAGUCUCUGGCACAAACGCUUAGAAGGAAAACUUGCCAAGCUUCCUUUUCCUUAUCUAGCAAUCAAAUCUAUACAACCUUUAGAAGUAGUUCAUAGUGAUGUGUGGAGUCCUUUUCCCACAUUCUCUGUUAAGGGUUUCAAAUAUUAUUCUCCUCUCCCUGUAGAUCUUGAUUUUCAACUUAAGAAUCUUCGUGUUGUAUUACCACUUCUAGCCUUGAAUCUUCACCCUAUGACAACCAGUUCUUUCAAUGCUGCAUCUACAGUUCCAGAAUGGCAGUUUGCAAUGAGGGAGGAAAUUGAGGCUCUUCAUGCUCAAGAGGGUUCUAUUGCUCAGCAUAAGGCUCGUUUGGUUACUAAAGGAUUUAGACAAGAGGAAGGUAUCGACUAUAGUGAAACCUCUAGCCCUGUAGUAAAACCAAACAAUACUAAGGAAGUCUUUGUAUGGUUUAAAGCAGGCUCCUCGUGCCUGAGAGAUGAGAUACCUUGGGUUUUCAAGCGUCAACUGCCUAUCCCUCCCUAUUUUUUCAACAUUUUUCUCUUGGCAUUAUUACUUAAAGAUGAUAGGAAGCCUUAUUCUCAUCCAACACAAUACAGGAGCAUUGUUGGAGCACUGCAGUACCUCACCUUCACAAGGCCAGACAUUGCCUUCUCAGUGAAUCAAGCUUGUCAAUUCGUGCAUAAUCCCAUGGAAUCUCAUGUUUUGGCGGCUUACAGUGAUGCUGACUGGGCUAGGGAUCCUAAUGAUCAACGGUUUGUCCCGGGGUUUAUAGUUUACUUAGGCUCUAGUCCUAUUUCUUAA